UCCACCAGCUUCCUGCUUGGAGCUGCCUCUGCCAACUUGACCAGUGGAGCUCCCAGACUCAUAGUGCUGGAAACAUGGACAUUGAGGCAUAUUUUCGAAGAAUUGGUUAUAAGUCCAGGAACAAAUUGGACUUGGAAACUUUAACUGAAGUUCUUCAGCACCAGAUUCGCACCAUUCCCUAUGAGAACCUUAACAUGCAUUGUGGAGAAUUCAUGGAAUUGGGCUUGGAGGCCACUUUUGAUCAACUUGUAAGGAAGCACCGGGGUGGCUGGUGUCUCCAGCUGAAUCAUCUUUUAUACUGGGCUCUGACCACAAUGGGUUUUGAGACUACAAUGUUAGGAGGCUAUGUCUAUAACCCUCCAGCCAAAAGAUACAGCAAGGGCAUGAUCCACCUUAUAGUUCAGGUGACCCUCAGUGGCAAGAACUACAUUGUGGAUGCCGCAUUUGGACGCUCCUUCCAGACGUGGGAGCCUCUGGAACUGAUUUCAGGAAAGAACCAGCUUCAAGUGCCUUCCAUCUUCCGACUGACUGAGGAGAAUGGAAUGUGGUACGUGGACCAAAUCAGAAGAGAGCAGUACAUCCCAAAUGAAGAAUUUGUUAAUUCUGACAUCCUUGAGACUAAUAAAUACCUAAAACUCUUCUCCUUUACUCUUGUGCCUCGAACCAUUGCAGAUUUUGAACCUGGGAACAUAUUCCUUCAGACAUCUCCAACAUCUGUAUUUGUGAACAAGUCAGUUUGCUCCUUGCAGACUCUAGAAGGAGUGCACUGUUUAGUGGGCACCACCCUCACCUAUAGAAAAUUCAGUUAUAAGGACAAUGUAGAUCUAGUGGAGUUUAAGGCACUGAAAGAGGAAGAAGUAGAAGAAGUGUUGAAAACAAUAUUUGGUAUUUCUUUAGAGAAAAAGCUUGUGCCCAAAAAUGAUGAUAUAUAUUUUACUAUUUAGAAUAAGUAGUAGCAAUAGUCUUCUAUGUCAUUAUGUGCACUGAAACUUGUCAUUAUACAAGUUCAACAUGUUCAGUUAAAAGUAAUGGAAUACGUCCUAUGUAAUCAUCACCAAACUCAUCAAUGAUCAAACAAACAUUUGAUUUUACCUUCUUUCCCUCAGUAGUCUACUAUUUACCUGUAAAAAUGUUGGAAUAUACCUAAAUGACUUUUUAAAGAAUCACAACCACAAAUCUUUUCAUAACUGAUCCUGUGAAAGUAUUUUAAGGAUGACCUUAAGAGCCAUACUUCACAAAAACCUUCCCAACCUUAAUUUAUUAUUGAAUUUAUAUAGCGUGUUUAGCAAAAAGUUGUUUCCAUUAAAUUCAGUGAAUUUGAUGAGUUAGGAUUAGACUGUUACAAAGAACAAUGAGACAUGAUAUUGGUUUUACGUAACCUAA